AUGUGUCUUUCUGUUUUUCUGGUACACAAACAAGUGGCUCCAAGAACCUCUCUUGCACUCUUCCUUUUCCUUAACCUCCUCUUCUUCACUUACACUUCUGCUCAAGGCACUUGUCCUAGAAAUUCCCUUCAGAUCGGUGCUUGCACAAAUAUGCUCAAUGCAAUUGACUUAACAUUAGGAAACCCACCGCCACCAGUACCGCGGUGCUGCUCGCUAAUUGCAGGCUUCGCUGACCUUGAGGCUGCAGUCUGUCUCUGUACCGUGCUCGACGUUAACGUUCUUAGCAUCAACGUUCACCUUCCCAUCGAUAUCAGUGCACUUUUCAAUGCUUGUAGCAGAUUUGCUCCACCAAGUUUCUUAUGCCCGUAAGUUGAAUACGUAUGAAAUAUCUGAAGACAUACCGAAAAAAAUCAAGGUUGAACGUGUUGCCUGUCGUCUUUUGCUUUUUAACUGGUGAUUUCUUUUGUAUUUGUAACUUCCUUCGAUUGAAUAAAAUGAUGAGUGUAACGUUCUCAUGCAAUAAUGGGUUUGUGUGUGUAAUCGCCAUGUUCGUUGCCCUUUUACUUCAUUGUUCUUCCUUACCUUCGUUUGUAAAACGUUUCGUUCGAAUUUUAUUAAUAAAAGCUUCAAAUCGGUGUUGUUGUCUAUGUCGGGCUUAUAUGUGUAUCGAAAAAAGCAAGGUAAAAUGAUACGAUCUCACUGAAAACAACACAGUUACACUGUGUAACGUUCUCAUGCAAUAAUGGGUUUGUUUGUGUAAUCGGCACGUUCGUUCCCCUUUCACUUUAUUGUUCUUCCUUACCUUCGUUUGUACAACGUUUCUUUCGAAUUUGAUUAACAAAAGCUUCAAUCGGUGUUGUUGUUCUGUCGGGCUUAUACGUUUAUCGAAAACAGCAAAGUAAAAUGAUAAAAUCUCACGGAAAACAACAAGUUUUAGUAUUUUGUUGUAAGCAUUAAUUAAUCGCAUUGGCUUAAUUUUUAGUAACGAAAUGGAAACAAAACAUCUCCAGCUUAAUUGAGCUGAAUACAUUUUGGCUCUAAUCUGAUCAGAACUAUCUCCAAACCAAAAUUGUUGUCAUAAAAGUGAAGAAAUAUGUAGUCGCUACUACAUUAAUUUAAUAUACUCUUAUCAAACUACAUAAUAGUACAGUUAAUAUUCAUAUUUGUUAGAUAACUACAAACUUGUUGUAUUAGUAACUAAAGAAUAGAAUCGCGAUGUUAUAAAAGAAAUAUAUAUUUAUAUAUAUCUAUGCAAGAAAUAUUUGU